GCUGAGGCAAGUCGUUCGUUCUUCUAUAUAAACUAAAGUUAAGACAGCCUCUACGUAGAGCAAAUGUCUACCAGCAAAUUAGACCACACUUCUCAGCUUCUAUAUGAACUAGGCUUGCUGAUGCAAGAAGUCUAAUUUCCUUUUCCUUAAAAUGAAUACGGAAGACAAUAAUGUGUCGUCUUCUUCUUCUUCUCCUCCUCCUCAGACAACCGAUAUUGUUGAAACAUCUCAACAAUGGAGAUACGACGUAUUCUUGAGUUUUAGGGGUGAAGACACUCGAAAGAGCUUUGUCGAUCACCUCUACACCACUUUGCAUGACAAAGGGAUACACGUAUUUAGAGAUGAUAUAGAGUUAAGGAGGGGCAAAUCCAUAACCCCUGAACUCAGUAACGCUAUAGAAAAAUCCAGGUUUGCAGUUGUUAUUUUCUCGAAAAGCUAUGCAGACUCAUCGUGGUGUGUGGAGGAGCUGACGAAGAUCGUUGAAUGCAAGAAGAGGGGCCAAACUUUGAUACCUGUGUUUUAUAGCGUUGAUCCUUCUAUUGUGAGGAAACAGACGGAGAGUUAUGAAGAAGCUUUUGUAAAACAUGAAGAGAAUUUCAAGGGAGAGACUGAAAAGAUCCAAAGAUGGAGGGAUGCUUUGAAGGAGGCAGCUAGUAUCUCUGGAUAUGACAUCCAACACAUGGAAGACGGGCAUGAGUCGAGGUGCAUCAGACAAAUUGCUGUGCAAAUUUUGAACAAGUUGGGUUAUACAAAACCAAAAAUUGCAGAGAGUCUAGUUGGAAUCGAGCCCCAAGUACAAAACUUAAUGUCUCUGUUGAACACAAAUUCUGCCACCGAUGUUCGCAUAAUUGGGAUAUGGGGUAUGGGCGGCAUAGGCAAAUCAACUAUUGCACGAGCUGUGUUUGAUCAACUCCAUGAAAAUUUCGAUGGUGGCUGCUUUCUUGACAAUGUUAGAGAGGCUGCAUCAAAAUUUGGACUGCAAGCUUUGGCAGAAAAAUUACUCUCUGAGACACUGAAAGAGACUAAAGACAAUCUUUACUCCAGCACCAAUUUGCUGAUGAACAGGCUGAGCUAUAAAAAAGUGAUUGUCGUUCUUGAUGAAGUGGAUCAAGAUGAGCAGAUCGAAAACUUGCUGGCUGGAGGGCAUAAGGGGUUCGGGGCUGGCAGUAGAAUAAUUAUCACAACAGAAAACAAGCAAUUGUUAUCGGCUCAUGGAGUGGAUCAAGUUUAUGAAGUUAGCCUAUUAGGGACUAAUGAGUCGUUAAUGCUCUUCAACAAAUUUGCCUUCAAGGAAACUCAACCCAUGGGUCCUUUCGAGGAACUAGCUCUACGCGCUGUGAAAUGUGCGUCGGGCCUUCCGUUAGCUCUCAAAGUGUUGGGAUCAUUUUUGCACAAAAGAGAAAAGGAAGAAUGGGAGAGCCAGUUGAACAGGUUGGAAGGCAUUCCUCAUGAUGAUGUGAUGGAGAAAUUUAAAGUGAGCAUUGAUGCAUUGAAUGAUCUGGACAAGAAAAUAUUGCUUGAUAUUGCUUGUUUCUUCAAGGGGAAACGAAGAGAACCCGUGAUCAAGAAAUUGCAUGCUUUCGGUUUCAAACCUGAAAUUGGAGUGCCAGUGCUUGUUCAAAGAUCUCUGUUAUCCAUAUCUGAUGAUGACACAUUCCAGAUGCAUGAUUUAGUUCAAGAGACCGCUUGGUACAUGAUUCGUCAUGGACAAACUAAAGAGAAAUACAGCAGGUUGUGGAUUCCUGAUGACAUAUGUGAUGUUAUGUCAAAGAAAUCAGGUACAGAAGCGAUUGAGGCAAUAAUAUUAGCUUACCCUCAAAGAGAGAAGUUGAACUUAGGAUCGCAGGCGUUAAAAGGUAUGGAAAAUCUACGUCUACUCAAAAUCCGCAAUGCCUACUUCAAUAAAGGUCCAAGCUAUCUCCCCAAUGAGUUACAAUGGCUCAACUGGCACAAGUUUCCCUCAACCUCACUUCCACCAGACUUUGAGGGAGACAAGCUUGUUGGACUUAAGCUAAGUCGUGGCCUGAUUUCGAAACUAUGGACAGAAGAUAAGCAGUCCCUUGAAAACUUGAAGUACUUGAACCUCAGCUACUCCGAUGGGCUAGCUACCACUCCAGACUUCAGUAUGAUGCCAAAUCUUGAAAAGUUGAAUCUGAGCAACUGUAAGAAUUUGUUAGGAGUUCAUGAGUCACUUGGAACUCUAACAAAGCUUCGAUACUUGAAUUUGUCUCAUUGCUCAAAGCUAAAGAGUCUUCCAGAUACCAUUCACCUUGAAUCCUUGGAAAAAGUUCUCCUUUGGGACUGCACCAGACUUGGAAAUUUUCCUCAAGUUAUAGGCUUAAUGCCAAAUCUUUCAGAACUCCACUUGGAAGGGACGGCUAUUAAAGAGCUACCCGACUCCCUCAUAAAUAUCAGUGGCCUUGUGUCCAUAAACCUCAGCAAUUGCAAAAGCCUGGAAAGUAUAACUUACAGCAUCUGUGGUUUGAGAUGUCUCAGGACUCUGAAUCUUUCUGGCUGUUCAAAACUUGAGACAUUGCCCGAAACUCUUGGCCAAUUGGAAACUUUGGAAGAAGUCCUUGUAGAUGGAACUGCUAUAACCAAGUUACCAUCUACUAUCUCCAAAAUGGGAAAUUUGAAAAUCCUUUCUUUCAGUGGAUGCAAGAAUGUUAAGAAGAAGGAACCAUCAUUUGGGAUGUCAAGUUUAGGCAAGUUCACUUCACUGCCAAAUGUCAAGAACUUUAUAAAACGAUCAGAUGGAGAGAGGAAGAAACCACAAGCAGCAAGGCCAUCGUUAUCUGGUUUGCGUUCCUUGAAGAAAUUAGAUCUCAGUGACUCUGAUUUGGUGGAUGAAAUUGCUUCGGAUGUUUGGCAUUUGGCCUCAUUGGAGGAGUUAAAUUUGAGCCGAAACAAUUUUGUUCAGUUUCCUUCAAGAAUAUCUGAACUCCCAGGAUUCAAAGUGCUGAAAUUGGAAGAGUGCAAGAGCCUUGAAGUACUUCCUGAUCUUCCAUUGAGUAUUGCUGUGAUAGAGGCGAACGAGUGCCCUUCCCUACACAGUCUUGGAAAUCUUUCACCUCAACAUGCCUUCUUAAGGAAGGUUUCGUUUUUCAGCUGCUUCAAAUUGCACCAACAAAGCCUGAAAACCGGCAUUUGUGCUGCGGACUUGUUGUUGGAAUUGCUACUUCAGGGGCACUCUAUCAUAUACGGUCGAUUCAGUAUACUGAUUGCUGGGGGGAAGAUUCCUGAGUGGUUUGAUCACCAGAAAAUGGGUGGUUCUAUCUCAGUCCAGCUACCUUCAGAAAGGCAAGAUAACAUUGUGGGGAUUGCAUUGUGUUUCCUUUUGGACAGCUUUAUUCCAAACUCAAGACUAGGCAUUACUUUCAAGUUGAUUAGCCCAGACCACAGAGAAUACACAUGCGAAAGUGCGCCUUCUGCUGCUUCAAAGAUGGGAGAGGUGUACGAAACAGAUCACCUGUGGAUAACUUAUAUCUCAUUCAAUCUUUUUAAGCUCCUCUUCCCCGAUUUCACAACUGAAGAUUGGAAUAAAGUCUGUGGUUGCCUUGCAAUAGGAAUAAGGCAGGAUCCGUGGACGAAAGUAAGGAGGUGCGGACUUAAGGUUGUUUAUAAACAAGAUUUGAGCACAUUGGCAGCUGAACGCACGGGGAUUAAUCAACAGUCUGAGAGCAAAGAAUUAGUGGUAUAUGAAGGAGGUAUAGAGACAAAAGAUGAAGGGAUUAAAGAGGAUAUUGCUGCACUAAUGGCUGGUGUUACUGAAUUGAAUUGGGAUGUUGAUCCCAUUGAACAAGAUAACACUCAGCUCAUGAACUUGAGGAAAUCAGUUGCCUACAAAAUCCAAAAGACACUUUCUUUUGAGUGCUAGCUAGCUUGUUUGGUUGAUGAUUCUGCUGGCGAUUGGCAACUUAUGUGGUUUGUUUUGUUUGUUUGUUUCGCUUGAGUUUGUCGUUGAAGUUGAGCGAAGAAAUAAGUGAUCAUGAUCAUUAGCUUUAUUUUGUUGAAUUGAUUGGCUUGUCUGUUGUACAAUAAGAAAAAAGAAAACCCCCAAAACGAAAAAAAAGAAAAGAAAAAUCUAUGAUGUAACCUCUUAUAUUUUUCUUAUGUUUGGUUUGUCUCAAGAUGGUGUACUUGUAUGGGUUUGUAUUUACCUAAAUGUAAUUCUGUCUACUUGUAUAUAUGGAAGAGUGCUUUUUUUUUUUUGGUUAA